AUGGCCAACCUAUCUGAAAUACGAAGAGAGAUUCUCGAAAACGACACCGCAAAACGAAUUGUCCUCAAACUGAAAACCGCACGCUUGGAGUCUCAAGACUAUCGCACUUCAGCAAAAAGAGUUGUCAGCGAGAUUUUCCCAGACUUGGAAACCGAUACUCGCAUCCGUAUUAUUGUCAUAGACGUGUGGACUGAGCGUACCUUCAUUGUCAUCGACAUCAAUCGACAUGAUUAUGAUUUCGAGACAGCAGACGAGGACAAGACCAUUCUCCCAGUUUCCGUGCUUCGACAGCAUGGGAGAAGAAAGAAUUGGGUUUUAGUCAGAUGGCCUAGAGAAGAUGAAAAUCUUGCUACACAGGUAGCAAACCUCCAUAGGCUCAACGGCUUUGAGCCAACUCCUUUCCUACAGGACCACAACACACGCAUUGUUUACGCCAACCCGCGUAAUUUAUCGCCUAGGUUGCCUUUGCCAUCUUCUGGCAAAUGA